UCAGUGUUUGACUGAAAGAAGCAAAUGCUUAAAGUUGUUGAUAUUGCUGUUAAAAUGCUUAAACCCUGACCAAUUCCGUGCUGAAACACGUCUGUAAAAACGGCAUUUUGAAUUUCCUUUAUAUUACAUUUUUAAUAUCAGUUUCACACAUAUCAAUAAAUGCUCAAAGAUAUCGAGAUUGAAAUUUAGAUCAAAAAAUACCCAGGCGAGUGUUGCACAUUUUGAGCAUAAAUUUCUUCUCAUAAAAAAGAGUCUGGAAUCUAGCAUUUUUAAAUGAAAACUGAUCUCAUUCUGUAUGAAUAUGUUCACAAAUAACAUAACAAGGUACAAACCUUCUAAACAAUGCCGAAAACAUGGUUAAUUUUUAUCGAAAAAAGUGCAAAUAUACAAAGAAAAAUGCCGGCGUGAAAAAUUUACACAUUUAAAGGUUGAGAUUAGAAAUGGUGCGAAAGAAGAGGUGGUCUUCUGUGUUGGUGGUGUUUUGCAUAUUGCAAGUGGUCUCUCGAGGUGCUUGCAGUAUAGACACUCCGUCCAAAAGAAUCACGCCUGUGACUGACAAAUCAAUACAAACAGUUAUUACACCGAAAAACAACACCCAGGAGAAGGACGGUCAUGCGAGUCAACGACUGUUCAGUAAAUCUUACAUACAAAAAUUUUCGAACUCUUGGAUGUAUUUCGCAAAAGCUAAUGAUAUUGCGAAACGCGAGAAAUUGAAAAAAGCAUUAACAGAUGCGUUGCAUUCCAUGGAUCAUCGUCGACGAGAUGAGGUGUUAACGACUAUUGACUCUAGAACGGUCCAACGUAUCAAGCAUGCAGCAUCAUUACUAAAACAAUUUAAGCAAAUGUACACCUUGUCAGAAAAUGUAAAAAGAACACUAAUGACAUAUAACGACGCAAAGAAAAGUUUAACAGAUAUCGCGCACAGCAAAGAAGGGUUAGAUAUCUUGAAGAGAUUUUUACAAAAACAUACGACACAACAAAAACGAGAUGAGAUACCAUUGCACCCUUCAAAUUUUGCAUCCUUAGUAGAUCAAGCUGUUUCAGAUACUGUAGAUGAUGAUAGCGAAGAUUUUCAACUUGUCAAACCCCAGUACAUCACAAAGACGGAUAAAAUAUCUCUCAAAGCGGCUUUAAUCGGUCAAACCGGUAAAAUCGGGAUGGAGUUUGCAUCCGUUGAUUCUAGAACAUCUUCUAUUAGCAAGGCUGAGAGAGCAUUUAAAGCCGCCAAAAUCCUAAUGCGAUAUAUUGCUUUAGAAAAAGACAAAAACAAACCUAAUUCUGAAAAGAUAUCAGCUCUGUUAUCUUCUCUAAAUAGCCAUAUUGCUGAUAAUACUAAAAUAAGUAAUUUAAAAAAAUCGGACUUUCCAACACCUCGAGCUCAUGCUGAUGUUGCAAACGAAGCAAUGACAUACAUUAAUCAUAACUCUACUGGAGAAAAUCAAGCAGAUUCUGUCAUGGAGAAAUUAAUAACAGACGAGGACAGUCAAAACACAAAAGGUGCUGUCAAAUCUGAAGUUGCGAAACAAAACAAAGACUCUGAUAGUACUUCGAAAGUAACUGCACCAGAUAGUCCGGAGAAAUCGAAAAAACGAAGUAAUCCGUACGUAGCUUUACUGAAAAAGAUUUUAAAACGUCGAAAUGAAACGCUUGAGGCUAAUAAAAAUAACGAGAAAAAGGAUGUAACUGAAAAAUGGACAAAUGGAACAAAGAACGACGCAGAAGCUGUAACAAAUGAUGAUAAACCAGCUGAAGUGAGCAAUAAAACUGAAACCAUUGUUUUAGGUUCCGAGAACGCGAAUACCUCUACUGCUGCGAACAAUGAUCAGGUGAAAAACACAAACAACGAUGACAAGGCUAAAACAGACACGGAAAAUAAAAGCAACACGACGGAAACCAAUGACGACAGCAAUUCGCAAGUGAAAUCCUUAGAAAACGUUUUAACGCUCAAGAAACAACAAGACGCUGUACAAAGACUUCAAGAAGCGAAAUUAGCACGGCAAAAAUACGAAAUUGCCAAACAUGAAUUAGCUGAAAAAGUCAAAGAGCUGUACGUACUUGCUAAUGACUACGAAAAACAAGAAACAAGUGAUCAAAUUUUAGAAGUCAAAAACUUUAUUCAGUCAACUCCAGAAUUUGAAGCCUCCGCCCAAAACGUGAAACGGGAUGACAGUCAUCCGGGCGUGGCACUAUCAGGCAUACAUAGCAAAAAAGUAUCGAAAAUAAGUACGGAUGACGCUAACGAUGGCAAACAUAAAGGUUUUACCAUGGGUAUGAUUGAUAAAAAGGAGCACCAAAUCGAAUUAGAGGAUCCAAAAUUAAACGAAGAAGUAAAAAAAGUUUAUGAUGUUGGUCUGCCAUCGACUGCUAAACUGGAUGAUUUGAGUGGAAAUAAAAAAACAAAAAGUCAAGAAGAGACAUUGAAAGUCAUUGCCCAAGCUAUACAAGAAGAUAUGGCAGAUAUCUCAAACAAUGAAAAGCAAAAGAAAAAACUUCUAGAAGCAGCAUUACCUGCAGGUAUAACACCACUGUCAAACUCAACGCAUGAUAAAGGGGAAAAGAAGGGAGGUCCGCCCGCUGAUAAAAUUGAUGAAUACUUAACCAAUGCGUUGGCCGAUAUUAUGGGAAACGAAAGCAAGGCAGAUUCAGCUGACACAAGCAAAGAUGGCGGCAAGGACGGCAGUAAAGGCAGUCAAGAAGAUCGGAACCGUAAAAUUGUCGAAAAAGCAAUGGCGCAACACGCUUCCAAUCCCAGCGUAAACCUACCGCUCGUCGAAACGAAAGGCGAUAAGGUAGUACUAAAUAAAGACCAAAAUGGAAACAAAUCCAAAACUGCCGAACCGAAAAAAUCAAAUGAUGUUUUUGCGCAUGCAUCAGAUCGAGAUACCUCAAACAAGAACAUAGGGAGUAAUCUUGACGUAAAUGAUCCUGAGAACAAAGCUUUACUUGAUAAGGCAACACAUAUGGAAGAACAAGUGGCUGCAGCUCAAGAUAAACUGUAUUCUUCCGAAACUACAAGAGAGCCUCCAGUCGAAGCACCCAACACCGAGUACGUACCGCCACCGAUGAAACAGUAUGAACCCGCCAGAUACCAACAUACUCAUAGCUUUUCAGAUCCUUAUGGAUCGAUUAACGAACGUCCUCAAAAUGCCCCUCUACCCCAACAAGAACCUCCACAAGAAUAUGAGGGGCCUGAAGAAGGACCAGAAAGAGAGGAAGGUCCAGAAUAUGACGACGAAGAAGAAGAACCCCAACGUCGCCACCAUCGACAUAAAUAUCACGAAGCACCUGAUGAUGACGAAGAGGAGGAUGAUGACCGUGAUGAUGAUGAUGACGAUGAAAAAGAUGAUGACGAGGAGCCUGAUGACUACAAAAAAUCAAGAGUUGGCUACCGCGAUGACCAAGCUAGAAAACGAACGCUACCUAGUUCGAAGUCUUUUAACAUGUCCACCGCCAUUGAGACGUCUAAGCUAACAAACAAACACAGUAGCGGUGCAGAUGUUGCGGAAGAUAAACAACAUAUCGAAGAGCUUGAAGAUUCGAAGAAAUCGUUUGUACCAGGAAGUAUCACGUCAGGGAGAAGUUAAAAGUUAACGAAUUCAUUUACCUAAUGAUAUGUCAAACAGGAAUUAGAACAAUGUUCCUGAAUUCGUCAUGAAAAAUGACUGAAGCUGCUCACAUAGCAUCAUCAACGUUACACCAAAACGAUUGCAAAAGUCACUUUUUGGGUUGCUUUAAUGGGUUACAUUAUCGCAUAUCGCAUAUGGCCAUAAAAACCAUUCUAAUAUAUUUCUAAAAAAGAAAACGCCCUUGGAUGCAAUGAAACUUGAUAAAUUAACCUUAAAGCAGCAACAUAAAUCUAAGAUAAAGUUUGAGUUACUCAGAACGGACAAAAAUAAGUGGACAUGACACGCUGACACACAAACACAACCUUGUAGAUAAAAUAAAAACACAUUUAUAAAAACACACUUUAAAAUGUAUAUAUUUUAAGACAAAUAUUUUUGUCGAGCAUAGAAUUACAUAGAUAUUUAUAUUUUGUACACACCAAAACCUUUAGUCUGGUACAGCCA